AAACACAUUCCAUGGCUGCCUUACACACACACACACACACACACUACUCGUCCCCGUCUCUCUUUCUCUGAGAAGCUUUGGGGUUAGUUACUGCAGUACUGCUCAGCUUCAGAGCUGAAUGGGAGGGGUGGUUCUCCCUCUCUCUCUGAACCUCGUCAGUCUGAGUAGAACACUGAUAGUAUCGGACACAGCGGGGACAACUCUCCCUCCACAUUAACUGUGCAGCAGCGUGUGUGUGUGUUCGUGUGUGUGGUAGCGCUAAAGGGAGAGGGCUAAGUGUGUUCCAGGAAAAAGGAGGAGCAGCACCAUUCUGGCUGUGUUUUCUCUCAGUGUACAGAGGGGCUGGAUGUCUGGAGGUUUGCAGAGGAGGAGCCCUGAAGAGUAUGGACUCCACUCCAGUGACUGAACUAAAGGGUCAGUUGAAGGGGCCUUAGAAUGGGACCACUCUUCACUUCCUCACUUGUCCAAAAGUGCACUUCAAUAUCUACCUCUCAGUGACUCCUAGGCCUAUAGGGACUGCUGACUACUUAUCACUGGUAUUGUGCUGAUCUGAGUCAGCUUUAAUCAAUGAAACACCUUGCUCAGUAGACGUCUGCCUACAUAGGUAAACAGUUGUAAGCAUGGAGUUCUCCGUGGUUUGACCUUGUUUUGAGGUCUUUAGCAGUUAGCGACAUCAGCUUUCCCCACGCACUCCCGGAGACCAGAGAUGAGUGUGUCUCAGCCCGGGGAACACGUCCCCGUCGGGGGCAUGAAUGGCUCCGGAAUGAGGCUCCCCCUCCUCCUCACCGGUGACCAAAAUGGAAAUGCUUUCCCUGUCUCCUCUUCCUCCUCCUCUUCCUCCCCAGACUCCCUGCAGAGUCUGAGCAGCCUGGACGUCGACAUGGAAUGUGUGAUGUCGACCCAAAUCAAAAUGGCCGCUAUCUCACCAGCUGGGGAACUGCCUCAGACUGAGUUCUCUGAAUCCAACGACAACUCGGUGUCCGUCUACCUGGACGCUGAUGAGGACUCCUGGAACGACAACCUGACCCUCGCCAUGAGCAUUGCUGGGAUACGGGAGCAUAGCAACGGUAGCCAAGGCGAUCUCCAUGACAACGUUAGCAGUGUGGCGAGCAACAGCAGUGGGAGAAGGGACUCUUCCCCGGACUCGGCGGCCACGGAGAUCCCAGGUGAUGAGGGUGAUGUUGAAGAUGAUGAGGAAGGGUUUUUUCUCUCGGUGAGCUCAGACAUGGUGAUGAGGAGAAUCAGCCUGAUCGACUCGGAGCAGCUCCCCAGCAGCGGGGUGUCCAUCCUGGAGGACUCGGACACGGCCUCCCCCUCCACCACGGCUCCCAUCCAGGCUCCAAUCUCCGCCCCAUUGCCUGACCUCUGUAAGGGCCUUGAGGGGAGGAAGAGUCCUCAUGCUGGGACCAUCACCAUGGAACUCCAGAACCUCCAGACUGGGGCUAGCAGCUCACCGGGUCUGCCCGAUAGAGAGGCACUUCAGGUGGGGGUGGAUCUGCCCGAGGAGGCCUGCACUCUGGAUGUUCUCCCCAUGGUGGAGGCAGUGGACACCGAGCCUAUUGUGGCACUAGAGGUUAUUCUCAGUGAGACUAUAGUGUCUCCAGAUUCAGAAGGCUUCACUGUAGUCCCCCAGACCUCCACCUCAGUACAAGUCUCCAAGGGUGUGGAUUUGGCAGUGUCCCCCUUUACCGUUCCCCAGUCUCCAAACAAAGGGUCCAAAGGUGCGAGCCCCGCCUUCCGCAAGACCAAGGAACACCCGUCUGCAACUCGGGUCAAACCGAACGCCGCCAUCGCCAAGACAGGGGUCACCACAUCAUCCAAACCUGGUAGGACCGACGUCAAGAGGUUCCCCAAACCCGACCUGAAGAAUGUCAAGUCUAAGGUCAUGUCCAGGCCCACCUCUACAACCAGAACAGCCAAUCAGACGCAGGGAAAAACUGCUCCGGCCAAUGAAAAGAAAGCCCCAGACGGAGUCAAAAGGCAAAGGUCGUCUUUGGGUCAAACUAAAGUAGCUUCGCUGAAGCCGAGCCCCAAACCCAGACCCAAUCAAAACACAGAGCCCAGAGUCUCUAGCCAAUCUGAGAAGAGGAGGAAGGGCACUUUAGUCAAUGGCAUUUGCUCCACCUCCAGCAGCUCUCUGGGUUCAGAGUUGGCUGUGGAUGGGCACCGUUGGACGCCUGAAGAGGGUCUCCUAAAUGGACAAGAGGGUACUACAGGAGUGUGCACUACAGGAGUGUGCACUACAGAGGGAGCAGGGGGUGAGACACCUGUAGAACAAAGGAGAAGCAAUGGCACAAAGGUCUCCUCCAAGCUGGGGCCCUCAUCGGUCAGACAGCUGCCCCAGGUCAAGGGCAGGGGGGCCGGGGGAGCGAGCAACACCGGGGGACCCUCCCUGUCUCCCACCUCUCCAGCUCCAGUAGGAGGGAGUUUUGGCUCCAGGCUGCCCCCUCCCGCUCCUCCUACGACGGGGAAGGACGGCCAGACCACUGGGAGUGUGUCUCCACCGAGAGGACGACCAAGUCAGACAGCUGGUAUCCCCAAGCCACGUGUCACAGACAGACCCUCUGGAUUGCCUGGGCCUACUGUGGUGACCUCUAACCCAAAACCAUCCGUCAACCAGGGGUUAGGUGCUGCUCGCCCUUCGGCUGCUGCCGCCGCCGGCGUCCAAACUGCCCGUGAAGAACCAACCCACAAGCCUUAGCUCCUCUUCUCUGGGCAGCGCCGCCAGCGAGAGUAACGGAUCUUCAGCAGCCCCCAGCAAACUCCCAGCUCCAGUGGUGGGGGGCUGUAAGCCAGAUGAGAGGCCCAGCCAGCCUACAGCUCCAGGGGGAACCCAGGGGUCGAUUAAGGCCCCCACCACUACCAGGCCACUGGGGUUCCGAACCAGAGCCCCCUCACUACCA